AGACGCGUCGCGUCCAUAGAUAGCAUUUACAUCAUUGUCCCACAAUUGCAGCAUCCUUCCAACGAUCCGUUUUAUAAAACUCCCUUCAGUCUUGACCAUAAUACAGAAGAGCUUAUAACUGUAAUAAAGCAUGGACUCUCCAGAUUCUUCUCCAGCCAGGAAGAAGAUGAGAAUGUCAUCUCCGACCUAUGAUGAACAAGUCGAUGACAUGAGUCAAGAAGAUAUAAGCGCUUUUGAUGCCAUCGAGGCACGCCUUUCUCAGCCAGCUCAUCGACUUCACAAAGCACCCCUACCCCACUCCAGGCUCAGCUCGAAUGGCUUUUAUGAGAGUUUGGAUGGAGACCGUAGCACUUCGUCCGAUCAGGACCUCCUUUCCUCCCAAGAUAUACCUGUUCAAGGCGACGACAAUCCGUUUACUUCGACAAGUGACCCAUUUGCUGAUUCCGAUACCUCAAAACCAGUCGUAUAUGCAUCUUUUACCAAAGCAUCUGCCAUUCUCGCACCAGUAGGCUUCAAGUCUGCAUCAUAUUUGCCUACCGAGAAUGUAGAUGGAGCACACCGAUCACCUUCGCCCGAGGCACCUCCAGAAGUUGAUUACUCUUCAUGGUUUACUUCGGUUCCACCUGCCUCUUUUGUUGACUUUCAAUCUGCUGCAUCUCGGCUUGAAAAAGCCAAAGAGAAUAUUUUCGACCCCAGUGCCAGCCAGAGUACAAGUAUGGGUUUUACGUCAGUCGGGAAAGGGAAUCUUAUCGUGCCAUCAACCGCUGCAUUGCGCAAGGCCGAGGAAAAGAUGAAGGUGUGGCAUGAUGAAGUCGGUGACACGAAUUCCUCCCAGCAUUCUGGAGGUUUUGCGCCCGCUUCUUCGGCACAACCGACCUCGCCUCGGCGCACCGUGCUCGGAGCAAUGCACAAUUCUUUUUCGCCUCAAGUACCAGAUACGCCAACUCCUGCGAUGGCUACCCGCAAGUCAUUUGAAGCUGACGCACGAUCGCCGCUUGGCCCACCGACGCUUGGUGUCAGCGACUUGAAGGGAAAGCAAAAACCAUUCAAAUCCCCGUUGAUCGCCUCCGCACCGUCACGACAGCCUCCCGCGGGGACAGCCAGUUCUGCAUAUGUCAACUCUCCCCUCAACCCUAAUCGUCAGGGAUUUGCGUCUGCCUUUUCUCAGACAUCUUCAUCUACUUCUGACAUACCAGCAACGCCUGUCCGUAUAUCAGCAAUACCCAAACCACCCGGAAAUUCAUUUCGACCCCUGGGUCUGACGCCGCGAAAUUUACGUGGUGGUUUGGUCAAGUCCAAAUUCGUGACGCCGUUCAAACCAGGCAUCAAGCCUCCAGAAUUAAGCAGUGCCGCAUCAGCUACGCCGUCGUUUGCUGCUCCAAGUCCCAGCUUACAGCGACCUCUAUAUCCACCGUCAGCAACCCAAUCUCCUAGGCCAGUAAAGAAAGCUCCUGAAAAAGGUACAGGCAAAGUGUUCAACCUUGUCCCUCCGGCAGGAAGGAUGUCACUUUCUACUUCUGGUCUUACACCCCAGGCACACACCACCCAAGAACUUCAGGAUCAGGGAAUAAAUGUCACAGAGCUAUCCCAGAUAACACUAGCUACCGCUCUCUUUUACUCAUUUUAUACUCCGUCUGUUACGCCGACUGAAGGUUCCCACCCCUCCGAUGCGAAGCCUCUCGGACCUGCCGCCGCUCUUGAAGAACUCCAUGCAAGAGGAUGCUCGUUGGCUACGCAGGAAUGGAUUAACAACCAUUGGCCGCUUAUCCUCUGGAAGCUCGCUGGAAUGGUCGCACUUGAACCAGAAGCAGAGUCCAAUCCCGAUCGCAAACGGUGGUGCUGGCCUGAAGUGAUUCGCCAGCUGCUGUACAGAUACGAACGAGACCUGAACGGGUCAUCACGACCACCACUACGGCUAAUUACUACAAGAGAUGCGCCUGCUGCAUCUCCAAUGGUGCUCUGUGUGUCAAAUGUGACUUGGUCGCCAGCUGGAGAAAGUGAUGAUGGGUUUCCCAUUCCAUCCCAUCCCGAGUUGGAGGUGACAGACGGAUGGUAUAGACUGCGCGCGAGAGUCGAUCAGCCGCUUGCGAGAGCGAUCCGUAAGGGUCAUAUCAAGAUUGGGAGGAAAAUUGCUGUCGCUGGAGCAAGGCUCUCUGCAGAGCGCAAAGAUGGACAGGAAGUCCUCGAGGCAUAUGAAUCUAAUGUCCUGGUGCUAGCAGGCAACUCGUCCCAUAUGGCUCCCUGGCACGCAAAGCUUGGCUUCCAGCGAAGUCUGUUCAUUGCGACAUUCAAUAGCCUCACGCCGGACGGUGGAAACGUAGCCGUUGCGGCCAUCGAAAUUAUUAAGUUCCAUCCUGUCGCAUAUAUCGAGUUUAUUGAAGACGAAAACGGGAGGCGGGUAGAGGGUCCUCGCAGUGCCAAGGAUGAAAAUGUCUUAAGCGAACAGUGGAGGAGGAAGCGCGAAGUCGCUGCAUCAACGCUCUGGUCAGAUAUUGAAAGACGAGCAUCGUUGAUGACAGGGUAUGCAGAGAAGCUUGAACAACGUGUGGGUUCCGACUUUAAUGUCAAAAAUGAAGAAAUGCCGGACCACCUUGACGACCUAUACGAAUCCUUGGAGGAGAGUGACGCUUAUCAAGCCCAGAUGAUACUUGCACGGCUCAGCCGUAUUGAAGCAGGCAGCCUUGCCGCGCACAUCAGAGAGAAGCUUCUCCAGGAUCGUGAAGCUAUCGCAGGGGACAUCGAGCGAGAAUUGCAGAGCAAAUGUCCCGCUCGGGAAGUACGGAAUUUCCGUGUUCUCAUAGUGAAGGAUGCAUAUACACAAACACGAGGCGGCAACGAUGGUCGCAAGGCCCAGUUAACCGUCUGGGAUGUACUCAACUUGUUAAUUGCUGAAGGAUCUAAAGCAGGGGAGUUUAAAGUGGGUCAGAAGUUCCUAGUCACAAACUUGAUGCCCAAGCAAAUAUCUGCCUGGAUGGAUCGCGGUCCUGGAUCUGAGGUGUACCUUUCCACCACAAAAAAUACUAGGUGGAAAAAGUUGCCAUGACUGCACGAUUGUGGAGGGUAGUGUGAAAGCGAGGCUUGUUAGUAGGUGCAGCAUGUGGUAGAUUGGAGUGUAAUGAUAUUAUGUGCCUAAGGGUAGCUUCGUAAGUGACCUCCCUUUCGUCGGCAGGAACCAAGUACAACAUUGAACAGUCCGAUCUGCUCAAUGUUCG